AUGAAAGCAUCGGAAUCCACGGUGCAGCUAUGGAGUGCCACAUCCUCGCCGUCGUCCAGCACCGAGAACCUUUACGGCAGAGCUCACCCCGAUCCGGAAGCUCACCCGCAGCAGUGGGUUGGCGGAGACGGUGCGUCACAGAGGCCAGGACACGAUCAGCAGCAGGGUGCUUCUCCACAGCCUCAUACGACGGCGGAUGCGAGCCUCACAGGCCGGACACAGCCAGCGAACGAACACAUCACGCUCAACCUUGCCGGCUCAUCAGCUGAUCUCCGGAGCAUGAAGGGUGGUGGACGACCACGGGCCAGCAGUCGGUCGUCCGAUCUGCAUUCGUCCGUGAGUGCGCCAGUGACGGGUGAAGCUUUCUACGGUGUCAGUGUCGCGCCGUCAAGCGCCGCGUUCGGUCUAACUAGUGUAAAUAGCAAUCACGGUAGCGGUGGGUUGUCCGGGUCCGGUGGCCGCAACCGACACGGCGGUUACAACGGUAGCUACAGCAACGGUGGCAUUGCUGGGUUCAGCAUUAACGGCACCGGCGGGGACCGGAGUUCUUGCCUGCCUGUGCUUUCGUUGUGCUACAUCAGCCGGAUGCGCAUGUUUGUGAUGCUGCUCGCGUUGACCUGCAUCAGCGUGUUUCUGUUCGCACAGAGCAUGGACAGUUCACCGAUCACUAGUCUUAUGCAUCGGGAAGCACGGCCACCGGCGCCACAGAUCCACUGCCGGAUGCUGAACGGAAAACCCGCAAUCGAUGGAGCACUAACGCCGGACCACCGUUCCGAGGCUCGGCUGCGCAUCGACCCGAAGGUGCUGGUUUUCGUCGAGACGACGUACACGCAGCUCGGCAAGAGCAUCACCGAGCUGCUCGUACACAAUCGCAUCAAGUACAAAGUGGAAGUGGCGGGAAAAAGCCUGCCAGUGCUGACGAACCAGGACAAAGGCCGGUACGGUGUGAUCGUGUUCGAAAACCUGGACAAAUAUCUCAACAUGGACAACUGGAACCGGCAGCUGCUGGACAAAUACUGCCGGGACUACUCGGUCGGUAUCAUCGGGUUCGUGAGUCCCAGCGAGGAAACGCUAGUCGGCGCUCAGUUGCGCGGUUUUCCACUUUUCGUGCACACAAACCUACGACUGCGAGACGCAAGCCUCAAUCCAGGCUCACCCGUGCUCCGGUUGACGCGUGCCGGUGAUACGGCCUGGGGUCCACUGCCAGGCAACGAUUGGGCGAUCUUCCAGCACAACCACAGCGGCUACGAACCGCUCGAGUGGGCCCAGAAGAACGUCAUGGACUAUCCGACGGACGGUGUGGCACAACCGCCGCUAGCAACCGUCCUGCAGGAUCACGGCCAGCUCGAUGGCAUCCAGCGGAUACUGUUCGGUUCGGGGCUAAAGUUCUGGCUCCACCGAUUACUGUUUCUCGAUUCGCUGUCCUACCUGAGCCACGGGCAAUUGAGCUUAAACCUCGAUCGACGCAUCCUGAUCGACAUCGACGAUAUCUUCGUCGGAGAAAAGGGCACUCGGUUGAAGCCGGACGACGUGCAUGCGCUGAUUGCGACGCAAAACCGCAUCGCCGAGAUGGUGCCUGGGUUCCGGUUUAACUUGGGCUUUUCGGGAAAGUAUUUCCAUCACGGGACGCACGAGGAAAACCUAGGUGAUGAUAUGCUGCUGCGCAACGUGGCCCAGUUCAACUGGUUUUCGCACAUGUGGAACCACCAGCAGCCGCAUUUGUACGAGAACGUAACGCAGCUCAUGAACGAUAUGAUGCUGAACAAGGACUUCGCCAAGGAGCACGGUAUCCCGACCGAUUCGGGGUACUCGGUGUCACCGCAUCACUCGGGUGUCUAUCCGGCGCACGAGCUGCUUUACACCGCGUGGAAGAAGGUGUGGAACAUCAAAGUCACUUCGACGGAGGAGUAUCCGCAUCUGCGGCCUGCCCGAUUGCGACGGGGCUUCAUUCAUCGCAACAUUAUGGUGCUACCACGGCAAACAUGCGGUCUGUUCACGCACACCAUCUGCAUCGACAGCUACCCGGGCGGACGGGACAAGCUGGAUGAAUCGAUCCGUGGUGGCGAGCUGUUCCAGACGAUCGUGUACAACCCGAUCAACAUCUUCAUGACGCACAUGUCGAACUAUGGCAAUGAUCGGUUGGCGCUGUACACGUUCGAGUCCGUCAUCAAGUUCCUGCGUUGCUGGACCAACCUGAAGCUUACGUCCGUGCCACCGCUGCAGCUCGGCGAGCUGUACUUCAAGCUGCACCCGGAGGAGCGCGAUCCGAUCUGGGGCAACCCGGCGGAUGAUCCACGCCACGCGAAGAUCUGGUCCGGGAACAAACGGCACACGACGCUACCGAAGCUGCUCGGUCUCGGGCCGCAGAAAACGGGCUCGACGGCGUUCUACACGUUUCUCAGCAUGCACCCGGCGGUCGCUAGCAACCUACCGAACACGGACACGUUCGAGGAGAUUCAGUUCUUCAACGGGAACAACUACUACCGGGGGUUGGAUUGGUAUCUGAACUUUUUCCCCCUGCAACCGAACGACACGGACGACAAGUUCAUGUUCGAAAAGUCGGCCACGUACUUCGAUGGAGAUCUCGUGCCGAAGCGUGCCCACGCGCUGCUGCCAAAGGCGCAACUGGUGACGAUACUGAUAUCGCCCGCGAAACGCGCCUACUCCUGGUAUCAGCACAUCAAGGCACACGGGGAUCCCGUCGCGAACAACUACAGCUUUUACCAGGUCAUCACUGCCUCGGAAGCGGAACCGAAAGCGCUGCGGGACCUACGAAACCGCUGCCUCAAUCCGGGAAAGUAUGCGCAACAUCUAGAACGGUGGCUGGCGUGCUACCCGCAGCAGCAACUGUACAUCAUUGACGGGGAGCAGCUAAAGUCGAACCCGGUCGCGGUCAUGACUGACCUGCAGCGCUUCCUGAAGCUGCCCCAUUACGACUACAGCCGGCAUCUGCGAUUCGACAAUAAGAAGGGCUUCUACUGCCAGGUGGUGUCGGAGAACCGCAACAAGUGUCUCGGGAAGUCGAAAGGCCGCCAGUACCCACCGAUGGACGAUCGCAGCUCGAAAAUGCUGCAAAAGUACUAUCGCAUUCACAACCAAGCGCUGGUGAAGCUGCUGAAGAAGCUUGGGUCACGACCGAUCCCUCAGUGGCUGAAGGAGGACCUGUCGGUGACGUCUUAA